AUGGAACUUCUGACCGCGACGAACGCAGCGUUGGCUAAGCUCGACAAAGCCUCCCUGCCUGAGGAAACCAAAGAAGAAGCCUACCGGCAAAUCCACCAAAUGAUGGAAGCCAUUCCGGUACCUAAGCAGGACGUCCGAGUCGGGCCUCCAAUCGAUCUCGCGAGUACGCGAGGAUACACCAUCAUGUUGUCCAUCAAGUUCGACAGCUUUGACGACUUCAAAGCCUACCUGAAACACCCGGAACAUAUCAAGAUGUUGAAGCGAUAUGGCCCUGCUUUGCGAGACAUGAUCACAUUCCAGAUGGAUGGCACUGCCCCCAAGGGCAAGCUAUAA